CAGCGGGAGUGUAUAAAAACAGGUGCCAAGCCGGAGGUGGGAGAGACAACAGAGAAUGGCAAAGGGGCAAUCAGAUCCCUGCUGCCACCUCCUAGGAUGGAGCCCUGAGGAGCCUUAAGGAGGCCCUGUGCUUCCUCCACCCUGGCUGGACUCACAGUACCUACCAGAGUGGUCAAGAAAUAUCUGAUUAUUAAGAUAGUCACUUACACCUUAACAUGAAUUAAAACAUCAGCUCCUUAAGAACAGACUUCUCCAGGGAAAGGUGACAACAGGCAUAAGAGUCCAAGAAGCCGUGUGGGUUGAGAAGACAGCACAGGGAGAACCAUAGCUGCAGGCUGCAGUCCUGAAAGAAGCCUCAAAUGGUCACCACUAUCUUUUGGCAUCCAAUUUACCACUGGUGAACAGCCUCCUCCAUGAACUGAAGCCCAGGCCCACAGAGCAGCCUCUCUCCUUGGACCUCCACUGGGCCCUGGAGGGACCGGGCUGAGCCUCUGGGACCAUGGUUGGACUGAAGCCUUCAGAGGUGCCUCCCACGACGGCAGUGAAGUUCCUGGGGGCGGGCACGGCAGCCUGCUUUGCUGACCUUAUCACCUUCCCACUGGACACGGCCAAGGUCCGCCUGCAGAUCCAGGGGGAGAACCAGGCGGCCCGGGCAGCCCAGAUUGCACAGUACCGCGGCGUGCUGGGCACCAUCCUGACCAUGGUACGCACCGAGGGCCCCCGCAGUCUCUACAACGGGCUGGUUGCCGGCCUGCAGCGCCAGAUGAGCUUCGCCUCCAUCCGCAUCGGCCUCUACGACUCUGUCAAGCAGUUCUACACCCCCAAGGGCUCAGAUCACUCCAGCAUCGCUACCCGGAUUUUGGCGGGCUGCACCACCGGGGCCAUGGCAGUAACCUGUGCUCAGCCUACUGACGUGGUGAAGGUCCGAUUUCAGGCCAGUGUUCACGGUGGGUCCGGGAGCAACAGGAAGUACAGUGGGACAAUGGAUGCCUAUAGGACCAUCGCCAGGGAGGAAGGAGUCCGGGGCCUGUGGAAAGGAACUCUGCCCAACAUCACGAGGAAUGCCAUUGUCAACUGUGCUGAGGUGGUGACCUACGACGUCAUCAAGGAGAAGCUGCUAGACUAUCACCUGCUCACUGACAACUUCCCUUGCCACUUUGUCUCUGCCUUUGGAGCCGGCUUCUGUGCCACAGUGGUGGCCUCCCCGGUGGAUGUGGUGAAGACCCGGUACAUGAACUCGCUGCCAGGCCAGUACCACAGCCCCUUGGACUGUAUGCUGAAGCUAGUGACCCAGGAAGGCCCCACAGCCUUCUAUAAGGGAUUCACACCCUCCUUUUUGCGUCUGGGAGCCUGGAAUGUGGUGAUGUUUGUCACCUACGAGCAGCUGAAACGGGCCUUGAUGGAAGUCCAGAUGUUUCGGGAAUCUCCAUUUUGAAUAAGACGAGGCCACUUGAUACUGAAGUAGGACAAAGCCUGUUAAGGAUGGAAUAAAACAGUGGGUCCCUGCACACAAGGACAUGGACCCAUACAUGUUUACAGAACUGUUUACUUGCUGCUGACUCAAAAAACAGGAGAGGAGGAAGGAUUUUGGUCUUCAGUACUUUGUCUUAAGAACACCUUUGUUUUGCACUGACAAGAUGGAAAAUAAAUUAUAUUAAUUUGUGCAACCUGUUAGGUUGGCCGCCUAACAUUUAGGCAAGAGGAAAUAAACCAAAACAGAUUCAUUUGGAUAAAAUGGAAGUUUGCCAACUUAUGUCCCCUGAAAAAUCUGAUCAGAUGAUGAGUUAUAAACAGGAAAGACUGCAAGCAUGGGACAGGAGCGGCAUGUGAUACAUGUGGAAAUCAGCUAAGGAGUCUAGAAGGGCACUGCCAAAGCUUUGGACCACAGCCUUCAAUCAGCCAUAUUUGAAACGUGUCUGCUGUGUAGCAUCCACUGGCAUUCUAGGAAAGAGGAAAAAGAGAAAGUCUAGAACCUUUGUCAAAGGAGCACUGCUGGGUCAGUGUGAGGCUGAGAUCUGUAAAUGUUUGCUGAUGACACUGGAGAAACAAGAGGGCAGCCUCGGUUUCCUUUCCUGUAAAAUGGGAGUAACAAUCCCUUCCCUACCUCACCUGGUAUGUUAUAAGGAUCAAGGGAGAAGCUGGGCAAGAAAGCAGUUUGUAAAAGCAAAAAAUCUGUACAAGCACAAAUGUAAGGACAAGGCCCUGCGAAAGAUUUUGCUGGUCAGUGAGGAAGUGCCUGGGACGAUGCUUCUGAAUGACACAGAUGUCUAGAGGUGAGACCAAAGGAACCAGGAGCUGGGGGUAACUGAGGAUGACGUGCAGCUGUGGGAGCCUCACUACCAUGCAGCCCCCCACCCCCUGGACUAUGAGGCACCUUAGAGGGUUUAGAGUUUAGGGAUAAAGAGGUAAAUGCUGGAUUGAAAGCCUAAGUACCAGGUCCCAGAAUUUUUAGAAAAUGAUUAUGACUCAAUAAAGGAAUUCACACCUUGAGUGUGGAAUGAGAAUAGCCA